AUGAACCACCACUUGCCUGCAAUGCCCCAUGGGCAGCCACCUAUGCCUCCGUCUCGACGACAGCAGGAGUUCUCUUAUAAUCCAGGCCCGCCCAACAUGCGCUCCCCACAAUACAUGGGAGGUUAUCCGCCGCAUGUAAAUGGCAUGAAUGGUAUGAGCGCUAUGAAUGGAAUGAAUGGUCAUAUGCCGCCCACAUAUGUUCCACAGCAAUUCCCUCCUUGGUACCCACCGUAUGGACAACCACAACCGCCUCCACGUCAAUUUCAUCACCCACCAUAUACCCCAAUGAUGGUGUCUAUGUACCCGCCAUCCCACCAUGUCAUGGCCCCGAGUCAUCAUCUUCCGCCCCAGUCGAUACCCAUGCAACCUCGAACACCGACUCCAUUGCAGCCGAAUAUGUCUCCAUCUAUUGCCGCACCUCUCCAGGCAGAGAUGCAAGAUCAUCUUGUCCUGCCACCCAAACCGUCUCAACACUAUUCCGUCCCAUCGUCACCGCCACAGUGGGAGCACAAGACCAUGUCAGACUUCAAACCAAAUUUCACUGCACCGGUACCCUGGUUGUCGGUCCCCGAUGAGCCCUUCCCCACCAGAAUUCCACACCGAAAUCGGAGGAGGCGUUCCUUCCAUGAUGACGUCGAAUUUCCUAAGAAGGAUGGUAGAUGGAUAAUCGGCCCAAGAAAGGGUGAGAUUGAAGAGAUCGUUGAAAAACCCAAACCAACAGAUAUCGCCAUCCGUCUCGUCUCUGAACCCCUCACUCCCACGACCUCGAUUCCGCAAUCAGAGGAAAACUCAACCCAACCUACAACUCCUUCCUCCGCCGCCAAGUCGCAGACACAGACACAGCCCAAGACUACCAAACCCGCCAUUCCAGUUGUGCCGGUUGUGCCAAUUGUCCCAGGUACCCCGCGCCGGCAGACAAAAGAUGAGCUUAGCACUGCAUCGGAAACUCCCAAGUCUAUCGCAGUUGUCCCGACUGAAACAGACUCAGCCCCUGUCACAGCUGAAGAAGAAGCCAUAGUUCAGCCAGUUACUCCUGUUCGCUCUGCUCCCAAGUCAUGGGCGGAACUUCUCCGUUCGAAGCAAGCUGCUGCGAAGUUGGCUGGCAGUGUGGCCCCGACCGAGCCAAGCACUAUCGCGCCACCAAAAAGCGAGACACUAGCCGAUGUCUUGAGUAACCUUGGUGAAGACGUCACCCAGUAUAGUGACAAGAUUGGGUUUCUGGAACCCCGAGGUCUCGUCAACACAGGAAAUAUGUGCUACAUGAAUUCAGUUCUGCAGAUCCUGGUCUCUUGUGUACCAUUCCACCAAUUCCUUGAUUAUGUUGGUCGCCGAGCUGCGCAUAGCUUCCAAGCCAGCGAUGUGCCUUUGAUCGAUGCAAUGAUUAUGUUCAUGCGUGAAUUCCGUGUUAUUGAUGCUGCCACUUCUGAAGAACAGCUGAGAAUGCGUUUGAAGCCCAAUGAGUUGGAACAAUAUGGUGAGGCCUUUGUGCCUGAAUUUGUUUAUGAGAUGAUUAGACAACUGCCCCGUUUCAGAGAUAUGCGACGUGGGCACCAGCAGGAUGCCCAGGAAUUCCUGGGUUUCCUUCUGGAGGAGCUCCACGAAGAAUGUGAUCGGGCGGCUCAGAAGGCUGCGGAAGCAAAGAAUGCCGAAGCCGCUAUGGAUGGUGCAUCUGGCGAUGGAUGGCUGGAGGUUGGCCACAAGCAGAAAGCGGCCGUCACUCAGUCAUCUGGUGCACUCUCGUCUGAAUCUCCUGUCACAAGAAUCUUCGGAGGCAAAUUGCGAUCAGAGUUCAAGGUGCCAGGUAACAAGACCUCAGUUACCAUGGAGCCCUACCAGCCCUUGCAAUUGGACAUCGGAUCUCCCGAGGUUCACAACAUCGUUGAUGCCCUUAAGGGGCUGACCAAACCAGAGACCCUACAGGGUGACUUCAAUUCAGCUCGCGGACCCAACGUCACUGCUACCAAGCAGAUGUUCAUUGAGACACUGCCCCCAGUGCUCAUUCUUCAUCUCAAGCGUUUCCAGUAUGAUAGCUUGACUGGGGCUACCCAGAAGAUUUGGAAGAAGGUUGGAUAUCCACUUGACUUGGAGAUCCCUAGGGAGGUUUUCCCCACUCACCGACGUAACACCAUGACUGCUUCUGGUGGUCUCCCCCAGUACCGGUUGAUGGGUGUCAUCUAUCACCACGGAAAGAACGCUAGCGGAGGACACUACACUGUGGAUGUGAGGCGGCAGGAUGGCCGUGAAUGGAUUCGCAUGGACGAUACCGUCAUCCGUCGUGUUCGCAGUGAGGAUGUUGCUGAAGCCGGCGGCGAAGAGGAUCCUAAGGUGCUUGCAGCUGCACUUGAACAGCAUAAGCAAGACAAAAACCCUCGCGCCAACAUUUUCGACCACAUUGACCAGGAUGAUAUGGAUUCCGUGGACAAUGACAAGGGUUGGAGCCAGGUUAAUGGAAGUGGUUCAAGCAAUCACACAAGUAAGAAAUCAGUCAACGGCGUUACUGCCUCACCCGGAACUUCCUCAGGAGUGCGGACUCCUAUGGGAAGAUAUGGUAGCCGUGAUAACCGCGUUGCCUACCUCCUGUUUUACCAGCGCAUGGCUUGA